CAACAAACCAAACAUUCAUACGAUCUCUCAGGAACACGAAAGACCCCUAUUCCGCUCUCUCUCUCUCCCUCCCUCCCUCCCUACCAAUCAACUGGCCUAAUUUGAUUGCCAUUUUCUGGAGUGCAAAUUCAGAUGUAUUAAAGUAUGCGAUAUUUUUCUCUAUUGUUGCUCAGGAUUUCGGUUUCUGUGACUGUGCCUAGUGCGUGACGUUCGAGUCGGGCAACUUCUUUUAUCAUAAUGGGAACCUCGCUUCGCAGUGGGGUUUUUAAGAAGUCAAAUGAUGGUGCACGACUCCUUAUAACAACAAUCAUGGGCAUGGUGUUUGGAUAUUUUAUAGGCGUUUCAUUUCCAUCUGUUUCUUUAGAUAAGAUCAAUCUGCCUUCAAGUCUAAUAUCAUCUCUUGAUAUGGCCUUCAAUGACGAUCGCCGUGCUGUUAGUCGUAGUUUUCCUGAAAAUCUCGGUUCAAGCAGUACUCCUCUAACACCCAAGAUAUAUGUUCCUACAAAUCCUCGUGGGGCAGAGUCCUUACCACCAGGAAUUGUUGUCUCAGAAUCAGAUUUUUUUCUGAGACGAUUAUGGGGUGAUCCGCGUGAGGAUCUGAGAAGGACGCCGAAGUACUUAGUUACAUUUACAGUAGGUUUGGAACAAAAGAACAAUAUUAAUGCAGCUGUGAAGAAGUUCUCUGAGGAUUUUCAGAUAAUGCUUUUCCAUUAUGAUGGCCGGACAAGUGAAUGGGAUCAAUUUGAGUGGUCGCAGCGUGCCAUACAUGUCAGCGCUAGAAAACAAACAAAAUGGUGGUAUGCAAAGAGAUUUCUGCAUCCAGAUGUUGUAGCUGCCUAUGAUUACAUUUUCAUUUGGGAUGAAGAUCUUGGAGUUGAACACUUCAAUGCCGAGAGGUAUAUUGAAUUGGUUAAGAAACAUGGUUUAGAGAUUUCCCAACCUGGUCUUGAACCAAACAAUGGAUUGACAUGGCAAAUGACGAAGAGGCGAGGUGACAGAGAAGUUCAUAAGGAUACAGAGGAGAAACCAGGCUGGUGCAGUGAUCCACAUUUGCCUCCAUGUGCAGCCUUUGUGGAAAUUAUGGCUCCAGUGUUCUCUCGUGAAGCUUGGAGAUGUGUUUGGCAUAUGAUUCAGAAUGACUUGGUUCACGGAUGGGGAUUGGAUUUUGCGUUGAGAAGAUGUGUGGAUCCUGCACAUGAAAAAAUUGGCGUUGUUGAUUCCCAGUGGAUUGUCCAUCAAGUAAUCCCGUCACUUGGAAAUCAGGGCGAGUCUGACAACGGGAAAGCUCCGUGGAAAGGGGUACGAGAUAGAUGCAAAAAUGAAUGGGCGCUUUUCCAGGAUCGCCUGGCUAAUGCAGACAAGGCGUAUUUUUCACAGAUUGAGCAUUGAGCACCGCUAACUAUCAUCUGAUCUUGAUGGGUCUUGUACAUUGCUCUUCCUUUCCUCCCCUUCUCCUCGAGUGGUGUUUGUCCUCACCCCAUUCUUUUAUGCGAGUUAUCCUUUUUCAGGUGUAGGAUAGCUGUGUUACCAGUAGCAUGAGAAAGAUCCUUAUUAGAUACUUAAAAAGAGAACUUCAGCUUUCUGUGCAGAAGUAGAUAUAGGAUGACGAUAUGUUAGUUUUUGUGCUAAUUAAAUGUUCUCUUUUCUCCUUUAGUCGAUUUACAUAAUUUGUGAGGUCCUUCUUCCCUAGAAUUAAUAUGCCUUGUACCAGUUUCCUCUCUGGAAAUGGAAAACUUUUAUCACAAUGUUUUGAUUGUAGCCUCUCCUGAUUACCGAAA